UCGGGCCGCGCCUUCCGCUGAAGGGACAGCGCUCGGAGCGGGAUGGAGGCUGCGGCCAUGGCGGGGUCCGAGGGCUCCUGCGUCCCGGUCGCCCGAGCCGCCCUUUGGAAACGCCACAUCAUGCGACAACUGCGGCAGCGGGAUCGCACGCAAAAGGUGCUCUUCCUGGAGCUGGUGCCGGCCUACAACCGUCUCCUAGAGAAGGCUGAGUUGCUGGCCAAAUUCUCAGAGAAGCUGCAGCUGGAGCCCAGUGAGGUCCCUGCCCCCCAUGCGGGCUCCUGGGAAAGGGAGUCAAGGCCUGACUCAGACGGAGUCACGUCACCAGCCACUCUGAAGGUGAAGUGGCAACAAGAGGAGGAGGGGCUCCGGCUGGUCUGUGGUGAGAUGGCCUACCAGGUGGUGGAGAAGAGCGCAGCUAUGGGCACCCAGCAGUUGCAGCUGGAGGAGCGGCAAGGCAGGCUAGCAGCUCUGGAGGCCCGAGUGGCGCAGCUGCAAGAGGCGCGGGCCCAGCAGGCCCAGCAGGUGGAAGAGCAGCAGGCGAAGAACUUGGCGCAGCGUGCGGCCUAUGAGGAUCUGCGCGUGCGCACCGGGAACCAGGAGGCGGCACUGCGCAGGCUCCAGGAGGAGGCCAGCAGCCUGCUGGAGCGGCUAGUGCAGCUCAAGGCACGGGCUGCCAUCGAGCGCAACCUGCGCCUAGAGCGCCGGGAGCGGGCCAGCCAGGCUCGGAUGUCCCAGGAGCUGAAGAAGGCUGCUAAGCGGACUGUGAGCAUCAGCGAGGUCCCAGACACCCUAGGCAAAGGGAUCAGGGAGAGCACGGAGACUCUGGCCCUGGCUGCUGAGUGGGACUCCCUGGAGAGUGAGGCUUGUGAGAAAUGGAAGAGGCCCUUCAGGUCUGCUUCAGCCACUUCUCUGACACUGUCCCACUGUGUGGAUGUGGUGAAGGGGCUGCUGGAUUUCAAGAAGAGGAGAGGUCACUCAAUUGGAUGUGUCCCUGAGCAACGAUACCAGAGUAUCCCUGUGUGUGUGGCAGCCCAGCUUCCUGUCCAGGCUCAGGAUGUUCUGGACGCCCACCUUUCGGAAGUCAAUGCUGUCUGUUUUGGCCCUAACAGCAACCUCCUGGCCACUGGUGGGGCUGACUGCCUCAUUCACCUCUGGAAUGUCGUGGGAGGACGCCUAGAGGCCAACCAGACCCUUGAGGGAGCUGGUGGCAGCAUCACCAGUGUGGACAUGGACCCCUCGGGCUCCCAGGUUUUAGCAGCUACUUACAACCAGGCUGCCCAGCUCUGGAAGGUGGGGGAGGCACAUUCCAAGGAAACACUGUCUGGACAUAAGGACAAGGUGACGGCUGCCAAAUUCAAGCUAAUAAGGCACCAGGCGGUGACUGGGAGUCGAGAUCGUACAGUGAAGGAGUGGGAUCUUGGACGAGCCUACUGUUCCAGGACCAUCAAUGUCCUUUCCUACUGCAAUGAUGUGGUGUGUGGGGACCACAUCAUCAUUAGUGGCCACAAUGACCAGAAGAUCCGGUUUUGGGACAGCAGGGGGUCCUGCUGCACCCAGGUCAUCCCUGUGCAGGGCCGGGUCACCUCCCUGAGCCUCAGCCAUGACCAGCUGCAUCUGCUCAGCUGUUCCCGUGAUGAUAUGCUGAAGGUCAUUGACCUGCGCUUCAGCAAUGUCCGCCAGGUGUUCAGGGCUGAUGGCUUCAAGUGUGGUUCUGACUGGACCAAAGCUGUGUUCAGCCCUGAUGGACACUAUGCACUGGCAGGCUCCUGGGAUGGAGCCCUUUACAUCUGGGAUGUAGACACUGGGAAACUGGAGAGCACCCUUCGGGGUCCCCACUGUGCUGCUGUCAAUGCUGUGGCCUGGAGCUACUCUGGGAGCCACGUGGUGAGCGUGGACCAGGGCAGGAAGGUGGCACUGUGGCACUAGGUUGUGCCAUGACUCCCUUGGCUGGGCUACAGCGCUGGUCUGAAAAUGAAGCCAAACAGUUUCCCUCUGCUUCACUGGGCUCCAGAGCCUUGAGUUGGUGGGUGGGGGUGGCCUCCAGACAUACGGGGCAGGAGGCCUGGCAGGACCUGGCCUGUUUGUUUAAAAACAAAGUAGGCAUUUUGGAAAUUACAGUUUUUAAAAAAAUCCUUGUCUCCUCACUUCUCCCCAAAGGGGAAAGAACUGUAUCUAAACUGUGUCUGUCUGCUGAAUUCUUUGCAGCAUUCAGGGUAAAAGGAGACUUUUGGGCUGGGGGUUGGGGAGGUCCAGCCUUGAUCUGCUUCUGCCUGCCGGGGAGAUGGCGACUGUCCCGUUGAGAGGCCAGAGGCAGCAAACAGCAGUGACUCUUGGGGCCAUAGAGAUGGGACCCUUGGUCCAGUCUGGACAAAGCAACUCCAUGGGCCUCUCACUCAGGCACCCUGAACAGACUGCAGCUGCAGAGAGCAGGGAAGCAUCCCGGAGGGGUCC